AUCUCAUAUAAAUACACAUAUAAUCUGUGUCUUCGUCUAUAUCUCUAUCUUAUAACUCUAAUCAUUCUCUCUCUCUUGUGUUUUCUGUCACCGAGAAAAUGGUUGAGCAGAAAAGGUUCGCUCUGUUUCUAGCGACUCUUGAUUCAGAGUUCGUGAAGAAAACGUACGGAGGAUACCAUAACGUGUUUGUGGAAACGUUUGGAGACGAAGGAGAGCACUGGGACUCGUUUAGGGUUGUCGAGGGCGAGUUUCCUGAGGAGAAAGAUCUUGAGAAGUAUGAUGGUUUCGUUAUUAGCGGAAGCUCUCACGAUUCUUUUGAGAAUGACCCUUGGAUUCUUAAGCUAUGUGAGAUCGUCAAGAAACUUGAUGAGAUGAAGAAGAAAGUUCUUGGCAUCUGCUUCGGUCACCAGAUCAUAGCCAGAGUAAGAGGAGGAACUGUAGGAAGAGCAAGGAAGGGACCAGAACUUAAACUUGCGGACAUAACCAUCGUGAAAGAUGCGAUUACACCGGGAAGUUACUUCGGAAACGAGAUCCCGGAUAGCAUAGCGAUCAUAAAACUACACCAGGAUGAAGUGUUAGUGUUGCCGGAAACUGCCAAAGUACUAGCUUAUUCCGACAAGUACGAGGUGGAGAUGUACACCAUUGAGGAUCAUUUCUUCUGUCUUCAAGGACAUCCUGAGUACAACAGAGACAUUCUCUUUGAGAUCGUAGAUCGUGUUCUUAGUCUUGGCUACAUCACGCAAGAAAUGGCGGAUUCGGCAAAGGCCACCCUGAAGAAUAGGGGAGCAGACAGGAAACUAUUGGAGAAGAUUUGCAAGAAUUUUCUCAAAGGCAGAGUUCCAGCUAAUUAG